UGUGGGUUCGAUUCCCUCAAUCGGCAGAUUUUUUGCGAGUGUCUGUGCGAGCCUAGCCCAGCCCUUUCAUGGUAGCAGAGCCGUUCCGAUCCACGGAUCCCCUAUCAAUUCUAUUAAAUUAUUCGAUUAAUUAAACGAUUUAAGCGAAAAAUUAAAAACUAUUAUUAAGCCGAUUUGCCGAACGUAUGACUUAACCGUUGUACGUACAGCCGACUCGAUAUGAGUAUGAGCCGAUUCUAUCAGUACGGGAUUUGGGCUCUAUCAGCUCGAGGGACCUCGCUUCGUAGCGGAGGGGGUGUCAGAGCGGCAUCCGCUCUCUAUAGGAUCGUUCGAUAGAAUAUUUCAUUAGAUUUGUAUGCUUUGCCGAUAGCCUAGUGGUGCCUCUCGGCCUUAGAGUAUGGAGGUUGUGGGUUCGAUUCCCUCAAUCGGCAGAUUUUUUGCAAGUGUCUGUGCGAGCCUAGCCCAGCCCUGGCCCCUUUCAGUAGUUUACAAGACACAAGUGACGGAGCCGGAUUCACGAUUUCGAUUUUGCGGAUUUCGCUCAGUGUGCGCAAUUACUCGUACAUACGUACACUAUAGUCACGGACCUAUGUGACAAUUUUUGAGGUACGAUGCGUGUUCGGCAUAAGUAUCCCCGGCCACAGGCCCACAGCGAUGGAGAGGUGUGGAUGUGCGAGACAGCAACGGCCUCCUGCAGCACGGCCUCAUAGUUAACAUCGUGGACAACGGGAUUAUUGUGGACUUUAACUGCACCGGGCGACGUUCGGAGAUGGUGGAAUUCGGGAAAGCGUUCCGGUGCGAAGGCUGCUAUUUCCAACCAUACAACUGGGACGACCCCAAUGCCGCGUUUUUCCGGAAUUCCAGCGGCGACACCCUGAACAAUAUCGAAGCACUAGUGCAGUUCACUCGUCAACAGCCAUGGACCUGGUAUCCGGCCAAAAUUCUUACCUUCCAUGUCUACUGGAAAGAGUUUGUAUUGGUGGAAGUUCAGGUGGGUAAUACGGCCUCCAGAGAAGUUAUGCCCAUCUGGCAAAUACGUGUGCGACCUUCCAAAGCAGACAUGCAGAAACGAGCCAUCGAAAAGGGCUUUAUUGUUAGUCGCACAUGCGACUUACCAAAGGAAUAUGGACAAGGCCUUAUUGAACAUGAACUAUGGAAACAGUGGAAGAAAACACUGGAGUAUAAUGGGCAGUCCAGCGUAUAUCUCGUGUGUCUUCUCGGACCCACGUUGGUGUAUCUGCAGUGCGCCAACGAAUCGCCCAUGCAUUCUGAUCAGCUGCAAUCGGCCUUAGCCAGAGCCAGCAAAGAACUCAGCGAGUCGAAACAAGAUCAGGUGCUGUCGAUUGCUCCGGUCGGUUAUGAUGAACAUGAUCAACUGCAGUUUUCCGAACUGUCAACUGAUAUCGUCACCGGCGUUUUCCAGCGGCUGGACACCAUUAACCGCGUGAAGUAUCGUCGCGUGUGCAAACAGUGGCACUCACUGCUGACUUCUAAUGACACGAUGGCGGAUAUCCAUGUUUCUUUUAUGCCCAAUUCAUACGCCGGCAAAGCGCACCACACAUUCGCGACCUGCGUGUUGAAGGGCAUAACGGCGAAAACACGGUGGAUUAUCAUUGCCGACACCAAACAUAACCGCCACACUGACCUCUUGGUGGAAUGCCUAUCGUGGAUUGGUAUCAUGUCCCUUUGGAUGAAAGCCAAGAAAUAUCGCAUCAUUAUUCACAAAUGCAAGUGGGAUAUUGAUUCUCUGCGGAGGGAUGUAGAGUUGUUGUGCCGUGCGUCGCGCUACAUUCCGUACCAGACGGCUUUGGUUUGGAAGGAUUGUGUCUACUCCAUGCCUGGCAAACUGCAGGAUGCAUCUUUGCCCAUUGCCAUCCGCCCCAUUAAAUUCCCGUCACGGAAUCUGGAGACCGAACUGUGCGAUCUGCUCGAAGAGAACCUGCCUGAACCAGCGCCGUUAUCCAUAUCGCAGUGGUUCGCCCAGCUCAUCGCAGCAGGAAAGGACGCUUUGGAAAAAAGCGAAGUUUCAUCGAUUUUUAGUUUCUAUCAAGCACUGGAUCCACGGACACCCCUUCAUAUGCGGGAUCGAUAUUUCGAUUGCUCUUCGGACCGGAGACUGCUUGAUGUGGAUCUAACUAAACUAUCCAAGUUGACUGUGUACGCCUUAACCCACUUGAUGCAAUCCAACCAAGAAGGAGCAGGACGCUAAUCUUGAAGCACACUGCAAUGCCGUUCACCGUCUUCUGAUGCAGUCCAUUCGUAUACCGCUAAUUAGCAUAAUACUUGCAUAAUUUCGAUUCUUUUACAUUUAUUUUACCAAGUAUUUCCAUAUUAGCUGUAUUAAGUAGUCUUCGUUUACUUAGUAUGCAGAAGAAGUAUCCCAUAGUUCUGCUAAAUUCCUGGCUUUUUUCCUCACUGAUUUUUUUUACAAUGAUACUAUUUGAAGACAUGUUGAAUAACACAUUAUGUCCUAUCAUGAAAUGAUCGUUUGGUAACUCGAUGAUCGAACAGGUACAGUCUGUA